AUGUUCGCUGCCUCUGCGCGAAGCCGUCUCUCCACCCUGUCAAGGCCCCGGCUCCCUCCGACACAACUGCUCGCCCGCUCGACCCCUGCCAUGGCUCGCAAGGCGUCGUCCGUCCCUGAGGGAUACAAGGAGGAUCUCUCCAAGGGCAAGAUGCUCCGCUUCGAAGAUUCCCUGCCCCGCCUCCCUGUCCCGUCCCUGGAGGAGACCGGCAAGCGCUACCUCAAGUCCGUCCACCCACUGGUGUCUGAGGCCGAGUUCGAGCGCACCAAGAAGGCCGUUGAGACCUUCAUCCGCCCCGGCGGUGAGGGUGAGCCCCUGCAGAAGCGUCUGCUGGAGCGUGCUGCUAACCCCAAGAUCAACAACUGGCUCGCUGAGUGGUGGAACUCGGCCGCCUACCUGGGUUACCGUGACCCCGUCAUUCCCUACGUCUCCUACUUCUACUCCUACCGUGAUGAUCGGGAACGCCGUAACCCGGCCAAGCGUGCUGCUGCUAUUACCUCUGCUGCGCUGGAGUUCAAGCGCCAGGUCGACGAUGGCUCCCUCGAGCCCGAGUACAUGCGCGGUCAGCCCAUGGCCAUGAGCUCGUACGAGUACAUGUUCAACUGCUGCCGUAUCCCCGCCGCUCCUGAGGAUUUCCCCCGCAAGUACUCUGCGGCCGAGAACCAGCACAUCAUCGCUGUCCGCAAGAACCAGUUCUUCAAGGUACCCCUUGUUGUCGACGGCCAGGCCCUGAACGUGUCCGAGCUCGAGCACCAGUUCCAGCGCAUCUACGAGACUGCCCAGCCUGCCCCGCCGGUCGGUGUGCUGACUGUGGCUGACCGUGAUCACUGGACCGCUGCCCGUGAGAAGCUGGUUGCUGCCGACCCGGCCAACGAGCAGGCUCUGAAGGAUAUCGAGUCUGCCGGCUUCGUCGUCUGCCUGGAUGAUGCUAAGCCUGUCACCCUGGAGGAGCGCGCUCACCAGUACUGGCACGGUGAUGGCACCAACCGCUGGUUCGACAAGCCUCUGCAGUUCAUUGUCAACGACAACGGUACUGCCGGUUUCAUGGGCGAGCACUCCAUGAUGGACGGUACUCCCACCCACCGUCUCAACGACUUUGUCAACGCCCUGAUCUUCGGCAAGAAGAUUGAUCUCUCUGCCAAGUCUGUCCGCUCGCAGCUGGCCGACCCCAAGGCCAUCAAGUUCACCCUGAACGACGAGGUCAACGAGGCUAUCGACAUUGCCGCCCAGUACCACCGCAAGCAGAUCGGCUCUCACGAGCUCGUCGUCCAGUCCUACCAGGGCUACGGCAAGGGUCUGAUCAAGAAGUUCAAGUGCAGCCCCGACGCCUACGUCCAGAUGGUCAUCCAACUCGCCUACUACAAGAUGUACGGCAAGAACCGUCCCACCUACGAGUCCGCCUCCACCCGUAAGUUCCAGGAGGGCCGUACCGAGACCACCCGUACCGUCUCCGACGAGAGCACCGCCUUCACCCGCGCUUUCUGCGAUCCUAGUGUGCCCCGCGAGGAGGUCGUCAAGCUCUUCCGCGCCGCGCUUGCCCAGCACACCAAGUACACUCUCGAGGCUAGCGACGGCCGCGGUGUGGACCGCCACCUGUUCGGACUGAAGAAGCUCCUCCAGCCUGGCGAGAAGCUUCCCGCUAUCUAUGAGGAUCCCGCUUUCACGUACUCCGGUUCCUGGUACAUUUCCUCUUCCCAGCUCAGCUCGGAGUUCUUCAAUGGAUACGGAUGGAGCCAGGUUAUCGAUGAUGGAUUCGGAAUUGCCUACAUGAUCAACGAGAACAGCCUGAACUUCAACAUCGUCUGCAAGCGCCUCGGCGCUAACCGCAUGAGCCACUACCUCAACGAAGCCGCCACAGAACUCCGCGACGUCCUCCUCCCCGACCUGGCCGCUCAACCCGAGAAGUCCAAGCUGUAA